AUGGCAUCUUACACUAAAGAACAAGAACAAAUUGUUCUCAAAACAUUGUCAUACAAAUCUCACCAAUACUACGAAGUGUUAUCUGUAGAGAAAACAUGCUCAGAUGGAGAAAUAAAAAAAUCGUAUCGUAAAUUGGCUAUUAAGCUCCAUCCUGAUAAGAAUCCACAUCCAAGAUCAUCAGAAGCUUUCAAGUUUUUGAAUAAGGCAUGGGGUGUGUUGAGCGAUCCUAAUAAGAAGACAAUAUAUGACCAAACGGGACAAGACCCUGACUCUAGAGGUAUGGGAGGAGGUGGCGGUGCCAGUAGCGGGGGUACGAGCUUUGCUAGAAGGGGCCCUGGAGGCGCCAGUCCAUUUGGCGGUGGAGCAGACGUUGAUGAUAUUUUUAACUUAUUUUUCGGAGGGGGCAGACCACAAGGUGGUCAAACGUUUACAUUUGGUGGUAAUGGAUUCCAAUUCCAGUCCUUUGGCGGUGGUGGUGGACAUCCAUUUUUCGAGCCAAAUGUACGUCAACGUAGAACUCACCCAUCUCAACAAAGACAACGUGGACGUAGUGCAGGAGAUGGGGACGAAGAAGAGGCAUCAUUUUUAACCACAUUAAGGCAUCUAGCACCAAUAUUGAUAUUCUUAUUAAUCCCAAUCCUUUCAGCAUUAUUUUCUGAUAGCACACCAGAUUAUUCAUUCACCCAGACGAGGAAAUAUAAUACUCAAAGGGUAACCCCUAGAUAUAACAUCCCGUUUUAUGUGACGCCCAAUUUCAAAGAAGCUAAUAAGUUGGAUACGAAGCAAUUGAAGAAUUUUGAUAAAAAAGUUGAGAACUUGUAUGUACAAGAUAAAAGAAACAAGUGUUCAAGAGAGCAAGUCAGAAAGAAUGAACUUAUGGAAGAUGCGCAGGGAUUCUUUUUCACAGAUUAUGCUAGAUUGGAACAAGCAGAGAACAUGGCAAUGCCAAAUUGUGAAGCGUUAAGGAAUUUGAAUUUACUCUAA